AACGCGAGCCGUCCGGGGCCCGGAAGUGAUGCUCUUUGUGGCGACCGCCGGCGCGGGCCCCACGCGGUGUUGGGAGCUGGUCGCAGCAUCUGGUUGCGCCUGGGCGGCCAGACAUGAACCCCUUCCCCUGGUUUCCGCCGCCCUUCUUCUGCCCGCCGCCUGCCUGGGAGCCCAGCUUCUGGCCCGGGCCCUUCCCGCCGCCCGAGAGCUGCGUGCCUCCCUCCGCCUGGUACCCACCUGCCUACGGGGAGCAGCCGCCGGGCCCGCGCGACGGUGGAAAUGGCAGUUUCUCCCAGAACUGGCAAGGCAAGCAAGUACCUGGGUUUAGUAAACGUUUUCAAGACCAAAACAAAAAGCCAAAGACCAAAAAGAAAAAAGAGCCAGUUUUCUCUCAUUAUUGUGAUACCUGUGACCGUGGCUUUAAAAACCAGGAGAAGUACGAUGAACAUAUUUCACAACAUAAACAGUGCACAGAAGAAGGUUGCAGUUUCAGCGCACAUGAGAAGAUAGUUCAAAUACACUGGCAGAACGCACAUGCACCUGGUGCUAAAAGAAUAAGAUUAGAGAGUCCAGAAGAGAUCGCUAGAUGGAGAGAAGAAAGAAGAAAAAACUUUCCUACACUGGCAAACAUUGAAAGGAAGAAAGCGAUGCAGAUGCAGAAGGAAGAACGGGGAGAAGUGCUGACUACCCAGCAGUUUGGAAAAAUGAAGGGGAUGUGGAAACCUCCAGAAAAUGAAGAGAAGCUUGGGCAGCAAGGAAGACAGAGGAGAAGGCAAAGGCGCCCAUUCUGGAAGAAAUUUAGGAAAAAUGGUGGCAAUCAUAAUGUACAUGGAACUCGAAAUGAAGCCAAUGGACCAGAAAACACCACGUGUGAAAAGGAAGAUGAAAACCAGCAUGCUAUGGCAGCUCAGCCAUACACGGAGGACAUGGACCCUCUCAGUCUUCUGGCAAACAGUGAUGCUGAAUCUGACAAGGAUGAAGAAGCAGCCAAAGAUGGGAAGCUGGGAUUGGUUGUUGUUCCCAAGAUGGUCACCUCCGCCUUGAGUUCAUUGUCAGCCAAUUAUGGCAGCGCAUCUGAGAGCGAGCCAGAAGAAAUUCCUGUCAAGACUGCAACAAAAGCUGAGAAAACCCAGGCUGCACUUGGAAAUACGCCUCAAACUACUUGUGUUCCUGAGACUCAAAACGCAAAUCAAAAAUGUCCAGAACAUGCAGGCACAGCAUUAAGAAGCUCGAAUUCAAAUGCACGUUCCCACAGAGGGCCUGAUAACCGGGGCAAGAAAACAUUACCUCUCCUUCCAAAGCGCCGUCCAACUCUGCUGGAAAUGUUACUGGCCCAGGACAUCCGACACGAAAGGAAUGUGAUUUUGCAGUGUGUUCGAUAUCUCAUCCAAAAUAAUGUGUUUGGACUUAAUCUGAAAACAGAACCACAAGCUGAAACAGAGACUGAACAGUCCUCCAUACCUACAACUUCAGUGGAGCCUUUGACGGACGAACUUGAUGAAUCUAAUCAUUCUCGUGCCUCUGACCUUCAGUUAGCAGGAGGAGAAGAAGAAGAAGAUGUGUUCUUAAUAGCCCAGGGUGAGAAAGCACCUGUGGAUCAGACUUCACGGAUGGCUUGCUUGGCAGAUGAGGACACGUGGGAAACCCCGUCAAUCCUGUGUGAAGAAGCAUCGUAGAGGAUGUCUGUUGUGGACAGUAAAGCAAAGGCUUAAAUUUUAUACUUGACUGAUGCUUUUUGAAAGACAUCAGUGUAACAAAAUAAUCAUCAAAGUACAUACUAAGAGCUGUUAAAACCACUUUUCUGAUCUGUUCAGCCCAAGGUGGAUAUUUCCUUGUGAAAACAGCAGACAUGUUGAAUAAUUGCGUUUUCCCAUGGCAGAAAGGCAGCAGUGGCACAGAGUAUGACCUUCCCUAGAGUAGAUGCGGAUCUCCAUUAUUGAGCUUCAAUACUCUGAAUGUUUUACCUUGUUAUGAAAUGUGUGUCAGUCCAUCACCAGGGCAAAGUAAUUUUGUGGUAGGAUGAAUUUUUCUCAUGUGAAAUCAUGGUCUGGUGUGUCUGGGAGUGUCCAGAACUAUUUCAGUGUACUUUUGAAGUGCAUAUUUUUUGCCCCAGCUGUUGUUUGAUAUAAUGUAUCUAAUAUAAAUUUCAUUUAUCCAGUAUAAAAUGAAGAAAUGAAAUGGAAGAUUUAACUGACUUGCUUUAAGAGUUCUGCUUGCAUCAAGAGUCUCCUUCUUUCUGAACUAACUUAACUGAGCAGAGAAAUGGAAAUGAGAGUGCACACUGAUGCAAGAAGCCUUUUUUAAAGAAACAGAUAAAUAAAAGUACAGUAACUGCUGGCUGCUUGCAUCAGUGCUAGGUUGCUGACUGACCUCAGGUACUCAGUAUUAAGUCUUAGGCCUUAGCUGCUGUUACGGUCAUUGCCUGACAAAUCUAACUGUUGAAGAAAAUUCUUACUGUUGAGAAUAUUAUCAAAAUUUAGAAAGCUUACCGAGAGUUACUGGUUUGCCCAUUUUUUAUAUGCAUUGGGAACUUAUUGGUUGGCCUCCUGGAAGAAUGUCUUCCUUGGUACGUUGUUACAGUGCUGCUACAGCAUCCAGGGAUUAUUUUUUUUUUUCAGAUUUGUGCAUACAUCCAUAGUGUUGUGAGCGCUAAAAAAGCAUCAGCCGAGGUUUAGAUACAAGUUCAGUCUUUUUGUUAAGUUGUGCAUUUGUUUGUCAGAAUCCUUCUUGUCAGGGACAGGUGUUAGUUUGUUACACCAACGCUGAAAACACGCUAUAGAAAUAAUCUGUUAUAAAAACCUACACUUCAGAAUGUUUCUCUGCUCUCUGUCUCUUAGUCUUGGAUAAAUGUUGGAGUUAAAGCUCAGGGACUGAAUUUAUUUUCUUGUUCUUUUGUAGGAGACUAGUCUUCCAUUCCACCAUCUGAAAUACAGAGACUCACAUGGGGGAUUUUUCUUGCCUAAUAACUAUAUUUUCUUUCCUGUAGUUCCUUAAAUUAUGCCAUACGUCUCAGAAAACAAGAAAUAGUUGGAAAUUCUGUCCCAUUGCUCUGCUAUUCAUAGCUAUGAUUGCAUAUUGUGUUUGUAAUGCACCGUCUAAAUUUGUAGAAUUAUAUAAAUAUCAACACCCUUGUAAAAGUGUCUCGAAUAUAUGUGCAGAAUAGAAGCACUGAUUAUAAACAUUUAUAUUUCCAAGGCAGAUGAUUCAUUCUUCCCAUGAUGGUCCCACGAGCCAUCUCAAUCUCACAGACUUGCUUAUGGCUCUUAUAGUUAUACCACAGUGAAAAUACCAGCGAAGGACUCUAAGCCGUGGAGAUCUGGCACUCGGGCAGAACCUGAUUUCGGAGUGGAGUGGUACCAGUGCUGUUGAAAGCAUGGGUGACAGCUUCAGGAAAAGAAAUGGAUGUCUUAAGAUUGCUACUAAGUUGCACUUUAAUCCUUAACAUGCUUCUGUCCCUACUGAAUUGAUGGCAGAGAUUUCUUUGACUGUACACUCUGACCUUUUGUUUAAAAAAACACAAAACAAAGAACGUCCUUUAAUCUUAAUUCUUUAUACUGUUGUCAUUAUGGACUUAAGAAUAUUAAACUUUCACACAAAACCAAAAACUUUGUCAGAAGAAAAUCUUUUUAAAGUCUGUUUCAUGUAGGUAGGAAGAGGUGGGUUUCCUUGGGGGGAGAUCUGUGCAAGGCCAGCGUAGCGUAAAUCAGAUUGAAAUUUAGGACUUGUUGCAUACAUGGGGAACCUCUAAUGUUCUUGUAGCAGACCAUUUCUGCCAAUUCAUAUAGCAGACACAGAGAGACUUACACCGCAGUGAUAUUAAACCUUGAAUUGCAGUCUUGAUGGGUGAGUGGAAGGUCUCUCUCCCUUUCUCUUCCCUACUUUUCCUCUUCUUCCGGGCAGUGUUCAGACUUCGCACACUGCUUCCUGCUAUUCAACAAUGUGCUUUCUUGGUACUUCGGAUUCAACCUUUGGAUAGGAAAAUUGCUAUAAUGACCUCUUCUGGUACUGCUAAAUGCCUAUAGUCUUCUCCAGUCCCUGCAACUUUCCUAUUCUGCAUUCAGAGCUGUGAGUUUUUGUUUACUCCUUUCUAAUAAGAUGUAUCUCUGUAAGG